AGGCGCCAGGGGAAGAAGGGAUGCUGCUCUUUCACCUGAGAAGAUAAAACAACAUUACUGAGAAAGAGUGACGAACCAGGGAACAUGGCUGCAUUGUUUGGUGUUUGAGUCUACUAAAAUAAUCUCUUCUUUAUCAAGGUUGACUGGUCUGUUUCGGUGCCAUGGCAGACCCAAGCUGGUGGAAACUGACCUUCUCUCGCAAAAAGAAAUCUGAGCCUAAAGUCUUGUAUGAGAUACCAGCAGAGCAUGGCAGCAACAACGGGAACAAAGAGCAUUCAAGCAAUAAUCCCCCUCAAGAACAUAUGGACAGCCAGUUAAAUGCCAGACUGGAGAAGAUCGUAGACAAAUCUGCCACUAAGGGGCGUCAUGUCAAGGUGUCCCACUCCGGCCGCUUUAAGGAGAAGAAGAGGGUGCGUGCAACUUUGGCUGAAAACCCUACCCUUUUUGGCGAGCACACAAAAGACGAAAACCAUAAAAACAACAAACAUGCCGAUAAAUAACAAUGAAAAUGUCUGACAAUGAAGGUACAAGCACAUCCAAAGUGGCUGUAAGGUGCACAGUGGGUAAACAGCCUGCUCGUUUCUAUGGCCACGCCCAAACGAUACUGACACUCACAGACUCAACAGCAACUGAUAAGAACUCAAAGCCCUAAGCCAGCAGCCACUAUGUCUUAUCCAUUUUGUAUAGGUUUUAUUUUUAAAACCUUUUGCGCUGUCUGUUCUGUAACUUGAAUUAUUUUGGUGACAUGAAGGUAAAUGCCUAAAUUUAUAGCAAUUAUAGAUUUUUUUUGUAUUGCAGACAAUCUUUUUGUAUGCAUUUUACAAUCAGCAUAUGCAAUGUUUUUAUUUCAGGAAAAGAAAAAAUAAGAACUUUAACAGACUGUAGAUAUUACAUAAGAUUUUGUAAAUUAUAUAUUUGCAGAUAUCA